CGGCGCCUACAGGUAGGAGAAGGAACAUGCUGGGGCCCCCAGGCUGCCUUUGUGUGGUGCUCCUAGCACGCGUUACUCCGUUUGGCCCGUCGGGUUCCGUCCUCAUCACAGGAUGCCCCCGAUCGCAAACUCAGUGACAUCCCCACCACCACCCCACCCCGCCGCAAAGUCCCGCUUCUUCCAGCCGCUUUCCAAAGCAGAUCUGCUCCCGUCACCACUCCCAGUCCCAGACUCGAGCCGGCCCGGCGUGCUCCUGCGUCCGCCUUCUCCUUGGCUCGCCCUUCUCAAACCCUCGGCGCGCCGUCGCCCUCGCCCUUCGGCCGGCCUCUCGCCAGGCGCCCGAGGCCUGCUCAACAUUCUCUCCGGAAGCCGGCCUCGGCGUCCGGACGCGUCCCCCUUAGCGGCCUGGCCGCCCACACGCAGCCUCCCCGGGCCGCCCUCUCCCCCGGCCCGCGCUCGCUACCCCCCGCCCGGCCCGCGAAGCCCUUACCCGCCAGCUGCAGGAUGUGUCGCGCUCCCUGCGGACAUGGCGGCCGGCUCUCGUCCACCACCCGCCAACUACCCACCACCGCCCUCCCGCCACUUCCGCCCCAACGCGCUGACGCACGGCCCUUUCCGGCCGUGAGGUAGGACGGUUCCGGUGAGGAAUCUGGAUUCCGAUUGGACUCUCAGCAAUUUAAAGCGCCGGGGGGCUUCCGAGACGAGCGCGCCGGCCGCUUUUCCGGCUUGCUCCUUUGCCCUUAAGAAAAAUGUCUACCAUGUUUGAUUCAAAAGCGAGAUCGGCGCUGGGAGAAUCCAUCUUUAUUGGGGGCAAGCGAGCCGCUUGGACGACAUUUAAGUCAAAAAAAAAAAAAAGAAAAGAAAAGAGAAACCGAUUUUCUCCGAAUUCAGUUUGCUCACGUGGAGUCCCAGCCUGUAGCCGAGAAGAAAUUUCCCCGCGACUCCAGCCCACUUCACGGUUCAGUUACCUUUUAUGACAAAGGAAAGGGUUCUUUCCAAAGGUCGUUUGCAUAACUGCCUUUUUCUACUUUUCCCUUGUUGUUUUUCUUGGGGCUAUGAAGCUCCAGUCCGCUGCAGGCCCUUCUGUUCUAGUGGUGUCAGUGGCCAUGAGCAUAGCAUUGAUCUUGGCAAAACGUAGGCACUCGGACAACUCGAGAGUUAUGAAACACGCAAAAGUUGAAAGAAAAACUGCUCAACGUGGUGGGGCGUUUAAAAAACCGAGACUAGGAACUGAGAGGUGUCUCGGCAGAUAAAGGCACCAGCGGACAAACUUGACGAUCUCAGUUCGAUCCCUGGAGCCCACGAGGUGGAAGGGCAGAACAAACUCCUCCCAGGCUGGCCUUGAACUCACCGAGAUCCAUGCCUGCUGGGAUUAAAGGCGUGUGCCACCAUGCCCGGCAGACUCUUCUGUUGCAAAGUUGAUGGGAGGUAAGGGCAACAGUCAGAAGCUACACCCAUCAAUUCUCCCAGCAGCUGAACAAGAACAGCACCAACAGACAUGCCAACGUCCAGUUACCUGUUUGCGAUUUGCUUUGGACUUGGGAUCCUGCAGGGGCUGGGAUGCUGGGAAUGUACCACCGUGCCCAGCUUCUAGCAAGUCAGUGGUUUGUUGUUGCUUUGUAACCAGAUCUUGUGUAACCAAGCUGUUCUCAAACUUCUCAUCCUCCUGCCUCGACCUCCUAAGGGCUGGGAUUAGGUGUGGGCACUAUGGUUGCCAACAGCCUCCUCUGAGAAAAACACAUUCUGUGUCUAAGCCUGCGCUAACCCUUAGUACAGUAAGAACAGAGGGACAUUGUAGCAUGAAUCUCUAAAAGGUCUUAUUAAUGAAAAUAAACCUGAGCCAGGCAUUGGGGUGAAUGCUGGAAGAUCAGAGAAGCAGAUCUACCUCACCUCACCUCACCAAUUCCUCA